ACCUGCAAGACUAAUGCUUGGAGUAGCUAGAAAGAGAUAGAUAGGAAGAUAGAUAGAUAGAUAGAAAGAGAGAUAGAGAGAGAGAGAUAGAGAGAGAGAGAGGUUGAGCGUUACUACCGUACAUUAUACAGGACUUUACUGUUACUCGGGAGAAAUACGUUUUUUUUACCAUAAAAAGGAGGCAACCCACUCCUAAAAGAGGUGGCUACCAUGCUCGGAGAAGCUUUCCUUCAUGUUCUAAACAGCAAAGAAGAUGCCAAAAAUCAUGGUGGACGCACUGACGCACGCAACCCUACGAACCGCCCUGAAGCUUGUAUGGCCAACGGCGCUGUCAGAUCACCUUUGACAUCACGAACAGUAAGAGCUGGCAGGCCUGAAGGCCUUGAAAAGCUGGGGCCUUGCCGGGCCUCUGCACCCAGCAAUGCCGUGUCCAUUCUCAGCUGUAGUGGUGAAGAUCACUUGGGCAUGACUUUGUAUUGCUCCUGGUGCUGCCCCAGCUUUUAUAAGGAUUAUCCGGACCUCAGACUCGCAGGCGACCGGCUGGAGCAUUGGAGUCCUCAUAACCCAGGCCUGCUUAGCUCACAGGACGACGGUCCACUGCUACAGUCUCAGGACCUGAGCUCUCUGGAACCUUCUUUGGAUCAAAGUCAACAGGCAAAGACAGGAACCCAGCAGGAUGAGGACUAUCUUGUCAUGGAGAAUGGUCAAGGCCCUAGCUGGGAGAGAAGGCUGACCAACUCCAUGUUAAAUGGUUAUCUGGAAGUCCAAAUGCUGGAGGUGUUUUGUCAGCACAUGCAAAACAUGGCAUGCUGUGGAUCUUCAUUGCUUGGCACUGAUGUCAUGCCAACACUGGCACCCACCAGCCUGAAUGUACAGAAGGAACAGAGAGCCAAUCAAGAAGAGCAGCUAAAUUCCUCAUCCAAUAAUGUUGUGCGAUACUGGAGCACCUGUUCGGCUCCAGCCACAUCCCACUUCAGCUCACCUGUGCUGCGAAUUUCAGAAGCCGACGAGCCACCUGCAUAAACACAUACACACACUCAUCAUGACAUCAUCACUUCCUGUCCUCACAAUACAAUAUUUGGAUUUAUUUACAGGGAAUCAAUAAUGGUAAUUAAGGAAAGAAUUGUCAAAAAAGGGUCCCUAGCUGCGGUAGCCUUAAAGACACAUUUGCACCUAAACGGUACAUUCUGGUACCAAAUGUAUACAUCUGCAUCUAAAUGGUACA